AUGUGUACCACACGACAGAUGUCAAGUGGCGGUUGCACAUUCCCCUCGGAAUGGACCGGUAGCUGGUUUCAGUCUGGAGUUUCUGGUCUGAUAAAUAUCAACUCAACACACAUCCAAUCUAGAGGAGAAUGCUCGGAGACUGAGUCUUAUGACAAAUUCCUUCUAUACGACAGGAGCUUCGAUUGCUACAGGUGUAUGGUGAUUCACGAAAAACAUAAAUAUGUACUACAGUACAAAGAAACUUUCUGCAGUCCAAAGGAUUCCCUUUCAACGAUAUGCGAGGAAAUAAGUGGUGAUGCUCCUUUGUAUUCGAUGUUUAGGAAGGAGCCUCGACCCGAGCCACAGCCGUGCCCCUUCCACCCAGCACCAUUCACAUUCACGUACAGCAGGGGUUUAGGCGACUGUGUCUACCCUCCAUCAAGAGCUGAGUCGUGUACAGAUGAUUCAAGACUUCUGUUGAGAUACAUGGCCUGCCCAGAUGUACCCGGGACUGAAAGCAAUGUUGAAGAGCUGGUGUGUUUAGCGACUUGGAAGGAAGGUUCGACCAGGUACCUCGUGGGACAGAUAUCACAAGUACAGAGAAGAAACUCGAUAGCGUCAGACGAAGAUACGUACAGAUGCUUCAUCUACAAAGGGCAACACGGUGAAAAAAGUACAUACAUUAUUGCGCAGUCGGGGGACGCGACUUGCAAUGGACUGUCCUCACCCACUGACGGGAGUAGAACUAUGAAACUUACAACAAGUGACGAUGAACACACUCGUUGUCAUUUCCCAAGUUGGAUCGUGGAGCAUCACAAAUGGUUUAGUCUUGAUCACACACAUCAGUACCAUUUUACUACGAAGAACGCUACGUUAAAGGUAAUGAAUGCUGAUGGGUCGUUUGAGGAGAAACGUCUCGUUUGUCACUCUAUAUUGGAGCAGAAAGACAAGAAAUACAUCAAAUUAGUUGCUCACGUUACGCGAGGAUGUGAAUCGGGUCAUGUAUGUCUGUCUUUCUACUAUCGUGUCCCCGGCUCAGUCAUGGAAUUAAGAGGAGGUUCUUUAUGGGACGCGCCACAAGAUGCCUGCAAUCAGCAAAUGGACAAUCCAUACGUCACACUUAUCACUACAUCUCUAACGCCGAUGCAGUGUCCAAUACAAGGAAGGUAUAGCAUCGUUGGGUCGAUAUCUGACAGACGACGACGCAGGCAACAAUUACCCCAGGGUGAUGAAAAUCCCCAAGAGGAGUGUGUAGGGGGUGAUUAUGACAGUAUGAGCAUUGGCUGCGGACCUUCACAAGACAGCGUGGAGCUAAAAUCAAGCUGUACCAGCACUAUGUACACAUGUUACGGGGACUGGCAAGAAGGUGGUCGAGGAUACUUGGUAGCGGCUCCUGUAGCUAGGGGCUCCUCACAUCCAAGGACUUUCUGCUUUAUGUACACACACCGCAACGAAUCUUCAUCGGUGACCACAUCAAUCAGCGCUGUAUCCCGUUCAUGUGAUAGAUCACUCAUCCCGGGGAAACAUGGAGAUGCUGCCUACAAUCUGACCAGCAACGGUACAUGUCAACAAAGCAGCCAAUACAAUAGCUCAGCCAGCCGAGCUACUCCUUUAGUGUUUGUGCUCGCUGCAAUCUUCUUCAUCCGGUGA